AUGUUGGUUCUGCUGAUUGGAGAUCUUCACAUACCUCAUCGCGAAUAUAAUCUUUCGGCAAAGUUCCGGAAGCUGCUUGUGCCAAAUAAGAUGCAACACGUUCUCUGUACCGGAAACCUAUGCAGUCGUGAGAGCGUCGAUUAUUUAAGAACGCUUUCUCCUGAUGUUCAUGUUGUGCGUGGAGAGUUUGACGAUGAGUCGCUGAAGUAUCCGGACACAAAGGUGGUCACUGUCGGACAAUUUCGCAUUGGUCUCAUUCACGGCCACCAGAUUAUUCCCUGGGGAGAUGAAGCGAUGCUGGAGCAGCUGGCUCGACAGCUUGACGUAGAUGUAUUGGUGACUGGCCAUUCUCAUGUGUGUAGUGUCAAAGAGAAAGGCGGUCGCUUCUACGUGAAUCCAGGCAGCGCCACUGGCGCGUUUUCAGUUACGCAUGAUGGUCCGGUUAUCGCCUCAUUUGCAUUAUUGGACGUUCAACCAGAUUGUGUGGUGACGUAUAUGUAUCGACUAAUUGAUGAUCAAGUGAAAGUAGACCGGACCAUUUUCAAGAAACCACAUGAUUAA